AUGGCAAGGAGUAUUGAAGAGAGGCCGCAAGCGGCUGAGAGCUCGAAAGAGAAGGAGAUGCUAGCGCCGGAUGACGGUGCCGCUUCUAAAAAGGGACGGGGGCUACUGUCGGUUCCGUCGAGGUCAUCCUCGCAAAGAGUACAGCCCUCGCCGACAGCGACGGGAUUAAGCGGUGCGACAGCCGGCGAUUCGAGAGACAGCAUCGGCGGGCGUUCCAAGGAAUCAAGAGGCAGACCGACAGCGACACCGGGCCACUCGGAGCCCAACUCGCCAGCGACUGCUUCCCACAAGAAGAAGAAGGGCGGCCUCCUUGCCCUCUUUGGAUGCUGCGGCGUGCCGGAUAGCGCUAACGGCCUCGACACCGAACCCCCCAUUCCGAACCACAAGCUCGAAAAGAUACCCGCACGGCCAGCUACCGCUAGCCGCAGGACCGCCACGCCGUCGGAGCAACCCUCGGGCAGCAAAACCCACCUGUCCGAGAAAGAAGCCAUCCAGCAGGCUCCUCCCCUAUCCCAAGGUUCGGUGCGAAACGGAAAGCGGGUCUCGGGCACCAGCACCCAGGACCAGUCCACCGUUGGAGGCGAGCGGGAUAACGAGUCGAAGCAGACAACGCUUGUUGGUCCAGGUUCAAGCAAUCCAGUCAUCUCAGUGGAACCACCACACGCGGCCAGCGCGGACACGGAGAAUGUGGAAGAGGUCUCACCCGAGAAGGAUGCCGAGGGCGACGUGCCAAUGCCAGAUGCCGAGGCCGCGCGGCAGCUGGUCGCCCAAGCGGCCGCAAGCACCGCAGAGGAACCACUCCCAAGGGUCCCUCCCCCACCUCCAGGACCGGUGCCGGCAGUCCCUACUGCACCUCCACACACAUUAAUCGAAAGUCCACCAGUCUUUGCUCCUGACCAACCUCAAAGAUUCCUCCUGCCACCCCAGGCGCCCGAGCAUAAAGGCCGGAAAUGCCUUGUCCUUGAUCUAGACGAAACAUUGGUCCACAGCUCUUUCAAGAUUCUUCAUCAGGCCGACUUCACUAUACCGGUGGAAAUUGAGGGUAACUACCACAAUGUCUACGUCAUCAAGCGGCCGGGCGUGGACCAAUUUAUGAAGAGAGUUGGCGAGCUCUACGAGGUUGUCGUCUUCACUGCAUCGGUGUCCAAGUAUGGCGACCCGCUCCUCGAUCAGCUGGACAUCCACAAGGUUGUCCAUCACCGUCUGUUUCGCGAGAGCUGCUACAACCACCAGGGCAACUACGUGAAGGAUUUGUCGCAGGUCGGUCGCGACCUGAAGGAUACCAUCAUCAUCGACAACUCGCCGACGUCGUACAUUUUCCACCCUCAACACGCGGUUCCCAUCAGCAGUUGGUUUUCGGAUGCCCACGAUAACGAGCUGCUGGACCUCAUCCCCGUUCUCGAAGACCUGGCUGGCCCUAACGUGCGGGACGUCAGCCUGGUUCUGGAUGUCACUCUUUAA